AUGACUUCCGCAGUCGCUCUCUCUACACACGCACACAAAUACCCCGCUUCAUAUUCCAGUUUGAUAUUAUUGAAACUCCUACACACAUAUUUCGUUCAUUUUCAAUCCCAUCCGUUCAUCUCGUGACUUAUCCCUAUGUUUCCAUUUUUAUAGAAUCAAUCACCCCAGUUCGCAAUCAUACAUUGACUAACUUGCAAAUUAUCUGAAAAUAAAUUCGAACUGUUUACGCUUCAUUUUUUCUUUAACCAAUCAGGUUCAUCUCUCUCUCUCUCUGAAACCUGAAAAUGCUACGACUAAAAUGCAAUAAUUGAAUGUUUGUUUGCAUAUUUGCGUCGCGGUGUUUGCACACAAAUAUGUACAUCGUUCGCCUCUCCCCCUUUUUUGACUGUCUAUCCACGCAACCUGCAAAAAUCCUAUUGAUUAGGCGUUUUUCUCUACUCACACGCCGAAUUGACGAAGCGAGUGGGACAUGUCACGUAAGUUUCAAGAAAAAUGUAGAAAAAUAACGGACAAUUUCAGACGAUUUCCAGCAGCGCUAAAAAUAUGGCGAACCGACGCGACGACGGCAAAAUACAUAGCUGGCAUAUCUUCUUCUGCACGCAGUCAGCUUGGCAAAAAUAGUUAUAGAUUUUGAUGGAUUCUUGCAGAGGAGCGUCGUGAUCAACUGAACAAAGGGAAACAAAGUGGGACCAGCCAGUCAGCAGAAGACGUCGAGGACGUGGAUGUAUGCGGCGACGAUUCACAGCGUGCUUCUCCUGAGCCGAGCACGUCAUCGCAAAGUAGCAGUUCAAAAACGACACGGAAGAGAAAGUAUUUAUUUGGGUACGUGGAUAAAGAGGAAGUCGUACCUGAUCCGUCCCGACCAAGAACUUCAGCGGAAUUGUUUGAAAAUGGAAGAAACACACAUUGCUUGCAAUUCGUAAUUCACUAUUCCAGAGACGAGAACGAAAUUAGCGAGCACAGCAACAUUGAAGACCUUGCCCUCGGCGGAGAUGAAGUCCCGGAGCUCAUGGCCGGUGCGACCCCGGAACAAUGAGCGAUCCGUCGGCUGAGAUGCGCGAAAAGAUCCGAAAUAUCGGAAAGGACGACAGCGCUUAUUGGGUGCCAUCAGAGAUUGUCCAUCAGGAGAAAACUGCCAAACUGCAAAGAAAGACGAGGUAGAAGAAGGCGAAGAGAAAGAAGACCAAGGGAAAGAAGGCAAAGGAAUAGAACACAACUUUUGGAGAGUACGAGCACUAUUUCCGCGACAUCCCGGACAAAGAGCGGGAGCGCGAGAUUACUGAUGCCAAGUGCCAUAAGAUUGCCGAUGAACGGAACACGUUCCUCUCCACGCCGCAAAUCUACAUGAAAACUCCUGGAAAGGAGCACAAGCCGCACGUGGCCUUCACCACGAACAAUCUGUUCUCUAAGGUAGACUCGCAAGUGCCGCCGCCAAUCAGAUCCCAAGCAGGAAAGGGACCAAGGACCCCGAUUUGCUCAAUUUGCUGCUCACCUUCCACGGAUUCAGAUGCAUUAAGUAGGUUUUUAUCGCGCGAACAGCCUAAAUUACUCUUCUUUUUAGAAAUUCGUAAAAUGACGAAGAUGAUCCGAUGUACAGAAGCAACGGAAACGACAUGCACGCAGACUUGUUUUCAUUUAACAUCAAGAUGUUUGAUUUCAGGACGACGAUUGCUACGUAUACCAUCUGAGAGACGCGCAGAAGUUGGCCGCUCCGCAGAUGAAAGCUGACUCUAAAUAA